AUCAGUCUUCAGGGUAUGUAUUUGUGUUUUCAUUUGAAAAUACUUCAGAGUAACACUGAAGUUAUCAGCUCUUUCAAGAGUUCUUCAGCAUAGUCCGGUCAUAUGAUGACUUCAGAGCAGAAACAGGUGACACGAGAAGCAGCUGUUAAGUGGUUCAUGAAGACCCAAGCAGAAUGGAUUGUACGUGAAGGUAUUCCGGAAUGGUUUCAUGGAAUUAUCACCAGGAAACAAGCAGAAGAUCUCCUCAUGAACAAACCCGCUGGCCACUUUCUUAUUCGAGUUGCUGAAAGUCGGAUUGGAUACAGUCUGUCAUACAAAACCUAUGACCGCUGCAGACAUUUCAUGAUUGACGUUGUAAAUGAUGGACAGUUCAUUAUUGUAGGAGAAAUGGAAAGAUUUCGGACCUUGAAGGAUUUGGUAGAACAUCAUAAAAAGUCACCAAUUCUUCCUUACAAUGAGGUACUGACUGUACCAUGUGGACAGAAAACCGAUUCCAGCACAACAGACUAUGAAGAGCUUCUGGGAUUAUUGGUUAAUAAAACUUUGAUACAAAAGUCUGAACACCCCCAAAAGAAUCCAGCCAUAAGGACCACAGAAAACACUCCCAAGUAUUUUGCCAGUGGUCCUGCAUUUCAAUCACCUACGUCUCCACCCCUGAAGCCUCAAUACAAAACUGAAAUGAAACCACUAGCAGUAUCACGCAACAAGCCAGAAGAGCCAGCCCCACCCCUUCCUCCAAGAAGUAGUGCCUUAGGUGCUGAAAAAGUGCCAGAGUCAAAGCCUAAUUCCCUGCUGGAGAAUAGUGAACUAGUUAAGAAGAAAGGUCUUUACCCCUGCCUUAAUGAAGAACUCAAGUCCUUGAAUGUCACAACAACAACAUUAGCACCUUUUCAUCCAGGUCCUCCUACGUCUGGCUACAAGCCUUUGAAAGCUCACAGUACUAAUGAAAUUUUCGAAAAGAAACCUGGAAUUUCAGAAGGAUUACCUUGUAUAUCCAGCAAAGAUGAAGCAGCUCAAAAAGCUGAGCUAUUUUAUACUGAAAUCAAUCACAAAAUUGUCAAGAAAGACAAAGAGGACCAUCAUAAGGCAGCCCCAUUUGGAAACCUACAGCUGAUAAAAAACUCACUUCCUUUAAUACAAGAUGUGUCGUGCCCUCAUAAUGAAGUGAAAAGCUCCUUGGAUCCCAAGGCCCUUGACACAGAAAUGGACAAAGGUGCAAAAAAGCCUGGCCCACACAAAGCAAGAAAUACUAAAGAAAAUCUGUUGAAGAAGAAGACAUUAUCAGAGCCAACAGAUUCAGAACUUUUUGAAGGUCAACAUUCUACUUCAUCAGCCCACAGACUUCCUAAUGCAACUGGUACAGUUGGCCAUGCAACAGAUGUCCCACCAAGUAAUAGCCAGAUUACAUCUUCCAUUGCCACACAAUGGCCUCAUCAAUUAAUUCUGCCAGCUAAACCCCCAAAGCAUGUACAUUUGAAGCAUGAAUUUAAAUGUUCACAAGACAUUGAUGUCCUUACACAAAGUCAUACCAUGGACCAUACAAUGCCAUCACUGAGACACAGUGAAACAACUGAACCAAACCUAAAAGUUUCUAUAAACCAUAUAGACUCUCUGGCUUUGCACACCAUUAAUCAGCUUCCAAAUACAACCAAACCCGACUCUUUACCAUAUGAGUACCGUAGACCACCACCUUUUGCUCCUGGUUACUAAGAUGGUUUGACAAUAAUGACCAUAUGAGUACCUUAGACCACCACCUUUUGUUCCUGGUUACUAAGAUGGUUUGUCAAUAAUGGGUUUAUUUUGUCACAAUAGUUAUGUAUACUGUGCAGGGAAAUCCUGCAAACCAUUAAAAAAAAACCUACCUGA